AUGAAUAGCAAUGUUAAUUUUAAGUAUAAAUUUUCCCAGCUUCAAUUUGAGGAGGUUGAUAAAAAUAAAGGAAUUGGUAUUAACCUCCUUCAAAAUGAGUUGGCUGGCAAGUUAGAACUGCAAAGAUUACCUUCGAUAGACAGUGUCCAAGCCAGCAUGGAUUUGGAAUACAAGAGAAAAUUGGCAACCUCAUCUUUGAUAAAAGAAAAGGCUAAAUAUAAAUCAAAGAUUUCGUUUGAAGACUCCAUUGUUAAAACCAGAAGUUUGAAUGAGCCUCCGAGUACUUCAUUUUUCAAAGUCUCAAAAUUCAAUUCCCAUAGAGAUACACAUAUAACAGAACAAAAUAGAGAGUCAGAUCUCACAGAAGGCACAACACAAGAACAAGUCCAUGUGAACUUUAAAAAACAGACUAUAUUUGAGAAAUUAAAACAAAAGGUUACGGAUAUUUUUUUUAGGUGCAUUAGAAACGCCGAUAUACAUGCACGGGAAGAUGGGAAAAAAGAUGAACUUUCCCAAAAAUAG